UACUUAAGAUCUACUAACAAUAGUUCACUAACUAAUUAAGUAUGAGGUUUGGGUUACCGGUAGACUAUGAAGUAGUAAUUGAUAAUUCCACUAAUCAUAAUCAAUUCAAUAAUAAUAAUAAUAAUACUACUACUAAUAAUAAUAAUGCUAUAGUUAAAUAUGUAAAGACCCAACCUCAAACUUUAUUAGAUAUUGCUGAUAGUAUAAAAAUUAAACCAAGAGUUGAUAAUAAAUUUCGAGAUAUAAUAAAUUCAAUUAAUAAAUAUUCUGAACAAAGUAAAAAUCAAAAAUUAGAUGAAAUUAAAGGUAAAGCCAAUGAUUUUAAUCAAGCAGUAGAAAAUCAUAGUUUAAUUAUACGAGAUAUAAUUAAUGAAGUAGCAAAUGAAUUUAAUAAUAAAUUAAAUUUACAACAUAAUGAAGUUCAACAAAUAAUUAAUGAAGAGAAUGAAAGAAUAAGGCGAGCGCAAGAAUUAGAAAGGAAAAGACAAGAAGAAAAACAACGGAAACUUGAAGAAUUAAGACAAAAGAAAUUAGAAGAAGAAAGAAAACGAGUUGAAGAAGAAAGAAAAAGAAAGGAAGAAGAAGAUGCGAAGAAGAAAGCAUUAGAAGAAGAAGAGAAAAAAGCGGCUGCUAAACGAGCUGAAGAAGAAGCUCAAAGGAUAAAAGCAGCUAAAGAAGCUAAAGAAGAGCGCGAAAGACAAGAACGACAAAAGGCAAAACAAGCAGAAUCAUUAAGUAGUAUAAUUAAAAUUGAGAAAGAAUUUUUGAAGUAUAAGGAAGAUAUUGCUUUUAUAAAGAAAGAAAUUGUUAAUAAACUUGAUGAAAAUAAAGAUUUAAAGAAGAAUGUUAAUCAAGUUAAGAGGAAAAUUAAUCCAAAAUUUGGUCAAUUAUCAAAUUCUCGUACUCAACUUGAAAGGAUAAAGCAAGAAGUUAUUGGAUUUAUUAAGAUGACAGAACUGAUACCUUUAGCUCAUAAAUGGAUUUUAAAUUUUAUUGCAAAAGCAAUUGUUGAUCAAGCUGAAACUGAAGUUAUUGUAAAACCAACAGCAGCUUUACCAUUAGCUCAUCUUGCUAGAAGUUUAUUACAAGAAUUUCCUGAAUUUGAAUUUUAUUUAAAUGCAAGAUUUAUAAAGAAAUGUCCUUAUAUUAUUGGUUAUGCAUGUCUGAUUGAUUCAGAACAAGGUAGAAUAAGAAUGGGUUGGAAAAGAAAAGAUGGUAAAUGGGAAGAUGAAGUUAAAUAUGAUGAAAGAGUAUCAGGUAUAUGUACAGUAUGGGCAACAAUGACGAGAUUAGAAGGUUAUACUUCAUUUCCAUUAUAUUCAUUUGAAGCUUCUUGGAUAUAUUUAGCUCGAAGUUUAAAUUUAAAGAAAGAAUUAAUUACCAAUACACAAUAUUCAAUUGCUGGUAAUUGGUGGGAAGCUUCAGCAAGACAAUUUUUACCAAAAUUUGGAAGACAAGGUAUUAAGAUUAUGGAAUUAUUAGUAAAAGAUUGGCCAUUAAGUGUAUCUGAACGGAAAUAUCCUGCUGCUGCAAGAUUAUUAAUCUUUGGAGAGGAUUGGUUAGUUAAUAAUAGAAUAGAGGCUCUUAAAGAAAUGGAACCCUAGAGAUUUUCAUACAUAUUUUCUUAUAAUUGCAUUAACUAA